AAUGGAGCUGGGGUUUGAACCCAGGCUGUUGGACUCAAGUCAUGCCUUAACCACAGCACCACGCUGCCUCUCCACCAUGGUGUUUUUAAUCGACUCUUAGAGUUGGCCAGCUGGUCCUUCACUUUGAAUUUUUGCAAAUGUGUCCAUAAGUGAAAUGGGCCUGUGAUAUGUUUUGCUUAUACUGUCAUUUUUCGUUUCUGGAAUUCAGAUCAUACUAGCCUCAUAAAAUAAGUUUGGUAACUUUCUUUUCUUUAUUAUUUUGUUUAAGCUCAUGAUAAUCUAUUUGGUAGAACUUACCUAUAAAACCUAAGGCCUUUUGGGUAGAUGUGUCUUUGAUUACCAUUUCGUUGUAUUUCAUGGUUUAGUUUGCUCAAAUUUUCUGUUUCUUCUUUUCUCACUGUUGGCAUUUUAUGUUUUUCUGGGGAAACUCUGGGUUUUCAAAUUUGUGGCCGUCCAGGGCAUCGUGGGUGAGAAGAAAGGACAUGGUGUGGCCUUUCUGCUGUUUGUGGUCCCGGCCACCUUCUCCUCUGGGAUGCUGUUUCCCCGUGAUGGGGCCCGGCCACAUGCUGUCUCCCCAGCGGCUUCUCCUGGUCUUCACCAUCUGUGUCCAUGUUCCUUCUGUGGCUCCAACUGCGCUGGGCUUGGGGGAGGGAAGCUUGUGUUGGUUGGGGAGCCUUAGUCCAGCAGCCUGUGCUGGUUUACUUCCUUGUCACGAUCAUGUUCAGUUGUUGUCUCAUGUGGGAAUUGGCUGGAAUUGUGGGAUGAGAUUCCAGCACUGCAUCUAAGCCCCGGAAGUGAUGGAGCUGGGGUUUGAAUCCAGGCUGCCUGACUCGUGUCCUGCCCUUCGCUAUAACAUCAUUUCGCCUCUCUGCCAGGUUGUUUAAAUUGAUUCUUACGCUGGUUGGCUGACACUUUAUUUUUCAGAAAAGAGUGCUUCAAACAGUGAUGCCUGCCAAAGGUGUGGGUGGGCAGUGAGAGUGUGUGCUGCGUCUGUUAUUCUUGACUUAGCUCAUCAGGCCCAGCUGAAGGUCCCUCUGAUUUUAAUGGCAGAGUCAGUGAGGGAGGGGGAUGGGGGGCUUUAAGCUCUAAUCAGGGCUUUUGAGCUAGCAAGACUUGGUUCAGAUUUGAGCUUUGCUAAUUUCCAUGAAAUCAUAUACAUACCAUGAGAAUUCUGUGUCAGUUAGUAAUCUAACCUACCCAAACUGGCUAAAAGAAAAGAAGGAAAUUGAUUGGCUCAACAAACUGAAAACCCCAGAGGUAGAGUCAGCUUCAGGAGCAGUUUGAUCUAGACGUUCAUGCUGUCAAGCCCUGGCCCCAUUUCUCCAUGACAUUGUCGUCGCUGCCCUUCUUUGUGGGCCUGCCCCAUCCUCAGGCUGUAGCUGGGAAACUGUCAUAGCUGUGGUGGUUUCAGAGCUGACAUCCACCGGCUAAACAGGAGAAAAUUGUUCUUUGGGGGCCUCCUGUGAUAAGUGAAAAAGAUUCUUUCCCAGAAGCCCUCAGUGUCUCCUCGUCUCAUUGGCUUGAGUUGGGUUACAUGUUCUUCCCUGAACCAAUCACCGUGGUCAAAAAGGGUUGGCUGCGCCCCUGGGCUGAGAGUGGGGUAAGUAAAUCCCACGUGAGCCACAGGCUGACGUGGGAGGGUGGGUCCCACGCAAGAGCUGAGUGCUGUCGUCUGGGACGCUCUGUGGAUACAGGGAGCCAGCAAACAGCUGCCCCUGACCACUGCCACUGCCUCCUAACAGGGCUCCCUGCUUCUGCCUUUGUCCCCACCUCUGUCCCCAGCCCAAUAGCCAGUGCGACUCUCCUGACACCAGGGUGGGUGUGACCUGCCUCGUCUCUGCUCAGACACCUUUGGUGGCUCAGCGUCUCCCUGCGGGGCCAGAGCCAGAGUCUCUACAGCUCCCUAACAAGGCUCUAGAUGCUCCGCGCUCCCCACUGCUGUCUCCUCCAAGCCCCACCCCACUCGGUCCUCUCUUGCAGCCACACUGGGUGCACUCCCACCUCGGCCUUUGCAUCCGCCUGGAAAGCUCGUCCCGGCAACUGUGUGCUUCCUGCCCUCGCUUCCUCGGGAGUCUCGGCCAAGUGGCACCUCCUCCAAGAGCCUUUUCUGAUCAGCCCAUCUGAAGCAGGAGCUCUUUCUUCCCCCAUGUCAGAGACACAAACGGGUCUCGCUGGACCACAGCUGAGGUGUUGUCGGGCUGCGUUUCUUCUGGAGGCUCCAGGGAAGACCGUUUCUUUGCUUUUCCCAGCUUGCAGGGGCCACCUGCACUCCUUGGCUUGUGGCCCCUUCUUCCAUGUCCGCGGGCAGCCAUGGAGCUGCAUCUUCACACCUUCCUCCUACUCUGACUUCCGCUCGUUUUCCCACAACGAAAGGCCCCUGCGAUUACACUGGGCUCACCGGGCAGUCCAGGGUCCUCCUCCCCCCUCAAGGUCAGAUGGCUAGUAACCCUAACUCCAUCUGCAGCCUAAUUCCCCUUGGCCCUGUCAUCUGACACAUUCACAGGUUCCAGGGUUGAGACAUCACCACCUUUGCGCUGUGCCGUUCCCAGCACCGGUAGCCUGAGAAACAGGAUGGCUGGUGGACUGGAGGUGCAGACCCUGUUGCCAGGAUACCCUGGGUUCAAAUCCUUGCCUAGCCCCUCAGUAGCUGUGGGGACUUGAGACGUUGUGCUGGGGAAACAAGCAGUGAGGCACUUGGCCUGGUGCCUGCGCCACCAGGGCCAGAGACGGAGUCCUGACCGACAAGGCCUGGGGAGCCUGUGUGCGCACACGCCGCGCAGCUCCAGGGAGGAAGACCCGGGUCCACGAUCGACGGGAGGCAGACGGCAGGCAGGGCUCAGCGGAUACCAAGGGCUAACGCGCCACGGUUCUGUCCCUGGUAUCCUUCAGACGCCGUUGCUAAUGCUUCGUGCAUCCGUGAAAGCCAGCCCACAUCUACCAAGGACUUCCUAAGUGACAAGCUCCUUGCUGAGUCUGCGAAGAGUAAUCCGACCCAGGCUCUGUUCCUGUGGAGCGGAGGUGCCCCUGUGUGACCGACCUUGCGCUGCUUUGCCAGACGUCCUUGGGCACCCACAUCUGGAAGACACCUCCCACCUCUGCCUCCACCAUGGCCUCAAAAACCAUCAUCAUUGACCACGGAUCUGGCUUUCUGAAGUCCGGCCUGUCCGGCUGGAACGAGCCCCAGCUGGUCGUCCCGAGCAUCGUGAACUACAUUCCGUGCAGGGAGAACCCCGGCCCCAGCUAUGCCCGCAGACGGGUGAGCCUGGGCAUCGACCUUUGCCAUCCCGACACCUUUAGCUACCCCAUACAGCGCGGCCGCGUCCUCAACUGGGAGGGCGUGGAGCACCUCUGGACGUUUGCGAUGGAGAAGCACAGACAGGAGCAUCAGGACUGUGCCGUGAUGAUCACGGAGUCCUCCCUGAGGGAGCCGGUGGACCGGCAGAAGACGCUGGAGAUCAUGUUCGAGUUGCUGGAGGUCCCCUCCAUCCUCCUGGCCGACCAGCUGGAGAUGUCCCUGUAUGCCUCUGGCCUGCUGACCGGCGUGGUGCUCGACUCUGGCUACGGCCUGACCCGCGUGCAGCCUUUCCACCUGGGCCGCCCCCUGCCCGGCUGCAGCAAGACGCUGGAGUUCGCCGGCCAGGACCUGUCCGCCUACCUCUUCAAGAGCCUCUUCAAGGAAAACUGCAACAGGCACAACGUGUUUCAGCUAGAAACGGUCUCCAUGACUCAGAUGACCAAGUGCUACGUGCCACAGAAUUUGGGGGAGGCCCUGGACUUCCGUCAGAGCCUGCCGAGCGGCUCGGACGCGAGCAACACCUACCUGCUCCCCGACGGCACCCCCGUGGAGCUGGCCCCCCUGGAGCGGCUGGGGCCCGAGGUGUUCUUCAGCCCGCAGGUGUUCGACCUGCAGGGGCCCAGCAUCCCGCAGGCCGUCAUAGACUCCGUGGAGUCCUGCGAGGCCUCGCUGCGCCCGCUGCUCUUAUCCCACGUGGUGGCCUGCGGGGGCAACACGCUCUACCCCGGCUUCACGAGCCGUCUGUACAAGGAGCUGAUCACGGAUCAUUUCUCCUCCAUCAAGGCCACGGUUUGGGCGGGUUCCAAUAGAAACUUCAGCGUCUGGCUUGGGGCGUCCGUUUUGGCUCACCUGUCCACGUACAGGUCUGAGUGGGUGACCAAGGAGGAAUAUGAUGAGAGUUUAAGGCUGUGACCUGCCAGCUCCCUCCUGGGAAUGAGCUCCAGCCAGAGGGACUUGGGGGCAUGAAUUUCAGCACAGUGCUCUGGGCGCUGUGGGGUGGGGUGGAGUGAGCUGGCUUUGAAUAUGGUCUGGAGGGAUUUUUUUAGAUUUUUAGAUUUUUAUCUUUCUUCAAGAGUGGGAUCCAACCCAAGGGAGAUGGGAUGUCAUGCCUGGACACCCUACAGGGGACAGUUUUUCCAGGGUGGUCUGUCGCUGGGGUGGGAGUGGCCAUCUGCCAUCUCCAUGCCUGACAGCCACUUUUGUUUCCCUGGCAUCUCCCUUGCAUUGUCCCAUUCUUUUUGAUUGAGUAGGUUUUAGCUGGGGUAACCCUUCUGCUAGGAGCCCCAAUUAUUUUUGACUGGGGGACAGGGAGGGUGGGGAUGGGAGAGCUGAGGACUCUAGUCCUAUAGGCCCUUUCUGGCCAGGGCGGCGUUGUCGUGGGUGAGCCUGGAAGGCCCUUUCCAGCGUGGCCAGGGCCUUGUUUUACAUAUGCAAAUAAACAACUUGUUUGGAACA